AUGACGUCCUUCAACGGCCCCUGGUCCAGCGACCUUGACGCGUUCAAGAAGUCGGUGCAGUCAAUGCCAGAUCAGUACAAAUCCUCUUUUGCCGCGGCAUCCAAGAGCACUCUCGAGAAGGUCUGCGACCCAAGUGUUCUGCACAUUUGGGAAUCCGACUCCGAUAUUGAUGGCCUUCUUCAACUCACUUCCGUUAUUGCUAAGCUGUGCGACCUCGGUGUGCGCAAGCACAAGGGCGUGAACGAGAAUGGUGGCAGUAUGCUGAUCAUUGCUGAAGAAAGUAGAAACCGGAAUAGCUUUGGUCGGAUCUGUCAGUUGGUCGAGUAUCUGACUGAGACUGAGGGUAAGAAACACCUUGAGGGCACGGUGGCAGUAUUUAGCAAGAUUGUAAUAGUGAGGGGAUGGGAUAACAGUGUUUUGACGGGACAGCAAGAAGCGCUUGAGAAGACAGUGAAGAGAGUAAACACGGCUGUCGAGCGAGUAUUAAAAAUGGGUGGGUUGAAGAAGAUUGUUUGGCAUCAUGGUGCUGUGCUGCACUUCUUGCUCCAGUGGAUCAACGCGACAACAUCCCCAUUACGAUCUGCCUUGUCUGCUAUCACCAUUACCGGAUCGCUCAACCUCUCAGAAAGCAUCGCUCCUUCAGUCUCUGGAAGAGCGAAUAAACUACCCGAUCUCGAGCGCCUGGAGCAAUAUGCGAAGAAACUAGACAUACCCGUUGUCUUCCUCGAUGCACCUAGUCAGCUACUCAACUUUGAGUAUCUUGGUACGUAUAUAUACUACUACGGUUACUACAUCAAUACUUACCUCCCUUCCUCGGUAUUACGAUCUCACCUCCAUAAAGCGCAAGAUGAGCUUAUUACCUUUGCUUUCAGACUACGAGCUGCAAGUGAAGGCCGAUACGGUAGCGAUGCAGUCAAGAUGGUGCAGAAGCAUCUUGACGCGAGUAAAGCGAGACACUGGGCGAGGAUAUGUGUUAGCAAAGAAAGCUACAAGAAGAGCAAAUGCAGAGCAGCUGGCAAAGAUGAAGCGAUUCAUCAUGCUGUUCAGUUGGCUGAUAGCCCUUUUGCUCUUCUAGCUCAUGAUGCUGGGGUACCAGCAUUUGCACGACUAGCAGUUGGCCCUGCAUCUGCCUCCGCACAGGAUUAUUAUACCGCGGCACCUGUCAAUAUCGGUUUCGCCAAAUCUCAGAUCCGACCCAGCAGCCCUGCGACUUUCCACAUCAUUAUUCCACAGUCUUCUCAAGAUCUUGAGAAAGUCACGAAUCGCGUCCAAGGACUCAUGAUGGCCGUGUUGGAGCGCGUAAGACAGGAGAAAGGCAACCCGGUGCUUGGCGACACGGAAAGGGGGAUGUGGAGUGCAGUCGCCAAGGCAUGUGAAUGGGCGAUUGAGGGUUGCGACGACAGCAAGAUGCCCAAGGGUGUGGCGAAGAAGGUUGGAUUCGUCAAAGGGAAGUUGAAAGAAGGGACUUGGGGGUUCGCGCUAAGCCUACCCAAAGACGGAGGAAAGGUUAUUACAAGCAACGCGGCUGCGGUAACGGCGAUGCCGGAACCGCAUUGUAUGUAUGGAUUUGGUCAGGGCACGCAGCAGACUAGGGGAUCGCAUCCGACGUAUGCUGGGACCGAGCAGCAGCAGAUGCCGCAACAGGGUUAUGGGGGUGGACUACCACAAGGGCCUAUGCCGAGUCCCAUUCAAGGUGCAGCGUAUGCUCAGCAGGUGCCUGGUCAGGUGCUGACGCAUGGUAUGUAUACUGGUGGUUACGGACAGGCUCAUGGUCAACAGUAUGGUAACGGUAAUUUUGGAGGCGGGCAAAGUGCGGUUUUACCGUCGCAUCGUGGAUUUGAACAUGGCGGAAGGGGUGGAGGAGGAUAUCCACAAAGUAUGGGCGGACCUUGGUGA